AUGAGUUCUUUGCCUAAGGCCAAGGAUGUGGUGAAAACAGAUUGGCAACAAUGUGUUAUCUGUCAGGAAAACACAGAAGAAGUACUGCAAUGUCCCGCAGAAUCAAAGCGGACAGAUGUUGGAGCUGGAUACAAAACUCUCGCAGACAACAUCGUUAGAUUUGGACAGCUAGGAUGUAUGCCAUUAUCACUUAAUAUAGAGAGGCUGGAUGAGGGGAGUGGAAUAGAACAAACAUUUAUAAGUGAAAAGGCCCGUUGGCACAAGAGCUGUAAUACCAAAUUUAACAUCACCAAGCUAAGAAGAGCCGAGAAAAGAUAUUCUACAGAGGAGCAGAGCUCAGGCAUUGGUAAGAAAUUUACGCGUUCCAACACCGGAAGUGAAGCACCACCGAACAUAAAUAGGUGUUUUAUCUGUGAUGAAUGCGAACGUUGGAACAAUCCUCUACACAAUGCGUCUACAUUUGGAUUAGAUGCUCGUGUUCGAAAAUACGCGGCUGUUUUAAAUGACCAGAAUCUUCUUGCUAAAUUGAGUACAGGUGAUCUUGUUGCAAUUGAAGCCAAAUACCACAAUGCAUGCUUAACAUCUCUUUCCAACAGAGCAAGGGCAGUGGACACCGAGGAUAAAGAUGACGACCAUACUCUGCAAUUAGAAGGUAUAGCAUUUGCUGAAUUAGUCAUUUUCAUAGAAGAUUCCCGGUCACAGGAAGAUGUAAUCCCAAUUCAUAAGCUUGUUGAUUUAUCCAGUAUGUACACCUCUCGACUUAAGCAACUUGGGGCAAAUAUAAUCGGUCGCACCCACACUUCCAGGUUGAAAGAUCGAAUAUUAGCUAUGAUUCCUGAUCUUGAAGAACACAAGCAAGGUCGUGACAUUUUACUUGCAUUUAAAGAAGAUGUUGCGAUGGCACUUCGAAGAGCGCGUGAAAAUUGUGACAACGAGGCAAUGCAUCUGGCACGGUCGGCAACUAUUGUAAGAAGAGAAAUGAUGAUGAUAGAAAACAGUUUCGAUGGAUUAUUUGAUAAAGAUUGCCAACACAACUCGGUACCAAAGUCACUUCUAUCGCUAAUUAACAUGAUUUUGUAUGGGCCAAACAUCAAAACACAAGCAAGCAACGCCAAUGCUACUCAAGCAGGACUUAGUAUCGCGCAGUUAUUACAGUACAAUAGCUAUUUGCGUCGACGCAAGGGACCGCAUCAACACGAACGUCACAGCCGGAAACGCGAGACGCCACUUCCAAUCUAUUUGGGUCUCUCAGUUCACGCAAAAACUCGGAGUCGUGAACUUGUGGACAAUCUUUACAAUCUUGGUCUUUCGGUAUCCUACGACAGAGUGAUGAGCAUAUCCACCGACCUUGGAAAUGGUGUUUGCCGCCGAUUUGAAGAAGAGAAAGUUGUUUGCCCAACUAAUCUUCGCAAAAGGCUGUUCACAACCGCUGCGAUUGACAAUAUCGACCACAAUCCAAGCUCUACCACCGCCAGUGAUUCAUUUCAUGGUACUGGUAUAUCACUUUUCCAGCACGUCUCCACCGACUGUCCUGGGAUUGAUCGCGAAAUAGUUGUACUUGAGCAGUCUUCAUCAACCAUCACCACCAAGACAGUUUCACAGUUACCAGAUUCCUACGCAAAUGUACCUCCUGCUUCUCUUCGUCAAAAAGACCCUCCUGUUCCAGAAAUGCAAUGCGAAAUGAAAGGAGAUGGUUCAAUUUAUAUGUGCGCUGUUAAAGAAGAAUUCUUGUGGUUGGAGAAUGUUAGAGCCACUAUCGACACCCAGCAGAAUUUAGAAGAGGGAGAAUGUAUUUCAUGGGCAGGAUACCAUUCUAAUCUAGAGGAAGAAAAAGAGUACACAGAGCAUGCCAUUUCUUCGUUAUUACCUCUCUUCCCUGAUGAAUCGAAAUCUGUUGCUAUGAUCCGCCAUGCAGUUGAUAUGAUAAGGCGAGCUGUUACACAUCUUAAUCCAGGUCAAGUCCCCGUCAUCGCACUCGAUCAACCAUUAUAUGCCGUUGCCAAGCAAAUUCAAUGGAAUUGGCCUGAAAGCUAUGGUGAGCACCACGUUGUUAUGAUGUUUGGAGGGCUGCACAUCGAGAUGGCAUUCUUACGACUACUUGGCCACUGGCUUGAAGACAGCGGUUGGACAUCAGCCCUCAUCCAGUCUAAAGUAGCUUCACCAGGAACAGCCGAUUCUUUCAUAAAAGCUGCGAGUGUAACUCGUUCUCGACACGCACAUCAGUUGACUGCCAGCAGUUUGUAUAUCCUGCUUUGUCACGCAUAUACGCAGUACAGUGGAUUGGCAGAAGACGCAUCACUACCAUUCGAUGAUUGGUGUUUGGAGAAAAUGGCUUCCACACCCCAGUUCCAGUUCUGGUACAUUACCUUACAACUAGAACUGAUGUUGCUACUCUUCAUUAGAUCUCUCAGAGAAGCUAAUUUCCAAUUAUAUGUCGACACAUUGAGUAAGAUGAUCCCAUGGUUCUUCGCCCUUGAUCACGUAAAUUAUUCAAGAUGGCUACCCAUCCACCUUCGCGAUAUGAUUUCGUUGAAUACAAUGCACCCAGAGGUUGCCUCAGAGUUCAUCAGUGCAGGCAGCUUUACAGUUCGGAAAACUGGGAGAAAGUUUUCUGCGAUGGCUAUUGAUCAGGCUCAUGAACAGAACAACGCGAUGGUGAAGGGUGAAGGUGGUGCAGUAGGAUUAACCGAGAAUCCAAGUGCGCUUCGUCGUUGGAUGAUAUCUGGACCAGAGAUAGCAAGAAUUGUGAACGAAUUUGAAGUUAGUAUGGGGGUUGGAGGGAACGACAAGCAAUCCAACGGAAAACACCACGAAGAGGCAAGAAGUGCCCAAGUAGCGUUUUUCAAAGACACUAAAUCGUUAGUGACGGCGGUAGAGGAAAUGAGUAACCCUUUCUUGGAAGAAAGUGAAGAAUUAUAUAAACUUGACAACAAAGUUGUUGCUGCACCAUCAGUGGUUUCUACAGUACGGAAGAUAGAAGAAUUGGGCAAAAGUCAGUUCGACACAUACAUCACCGAACGUCUAGUUAAUCACACUUUUCCUUUGUCGGAGCCUAUCAAGAAAAACAAACUACCCUUGUUUAGUUCUCCACCGCCGAAAACACUUUCGAAGACUAAGCAACAACUGUCAUCUGUAAAGAGUGACUGUGCGCUUUUUUCAAGGCUGUAUAUUUCAUGUCAAACCCGAGAAGGCAAUUUGGAAGAUUUCUUCAGGCACGAGAAUCAGGCAUGCCCACCAUCACUAUCCAACUGUGGAAACCUCCGUCUUCCAGGAAGCAAGUCGGACGUUGUGGAUUGUCUAGCAGCUCAUUCCCAGCCACGUGAUCACGCACCAGAGCAUAUUGAUGUAAUCAUCAUUGAUGGUCCUGCUGCUGUUAAUAUGGUUAAACCAAGCAACUCCGCGACCACAUUUUCCGAGUACGCAUCCUGUGUUUCAUUCCGUACAUAGAGGCACAGUUACAGCGAGCAAGAAGAGUAGAUAUCGUGUGGGACGAGUACAUUCCCAAUAGUCUUAAAUCAGCAACACGAAAGAAGAGGGGCAGCGGAAUCCGACGCCGAGUUCAGAGCGAUAAUGAGCUACCAAGAGACUGGCAAGGGUUUCUUCGCUUAGAUGAGAACAAAUCCGAACUGUUCAAGUACUUGGCGGAGCAUGCUAGCCGUAUUGUCAGUGGAGAAAAAGAAGUCAUAUCAACCUAUGGCCAGGAAGUCCUUUGUAACCAACCCCGUAGUGAUGUAUCCCGUUUAGCUCCAUGUACUCACGAAGAAGCCGACACAAGAAUGUUUUUACACGCUGCCGACGCACUCAACCAAGGGCAUCGAAGCAUCAUGCUUCGAACAGUAGACAGUGACGUGCUUGUUCUGGCGACGGCUGUGGUCCACCAACUUCAACAACAUGAUCCAGCAAUCGAAUUGUGGGUGGCAUUCGGCACUGGAAAAACUUGCGAUAUUUUGAAGCACAUAAAAUUUCGGCCAGCUUGGGAGUAG